UUUCUCUCCCCUCCUGGUAAGUAGUCAAUAGUUCUUCACAUGCAGAUUUUGCGCUUCCCUGACCAACUCUGCUCUUUCCAGAGCCAAGUAGAAGUUGAUGGGGGCAGAUCUCUCGAGCUAAGUAACUAUCCAUACAUAUUCAUGAGAUGGAAAGAGCAGUACUUUGUGAAGAAUCAUGUUAGAGGGUAUUAUGACGAAAAUACCCUGCGCCUCACAUGCGUCUCACGCGUCUUUAUGCGCCUCAUGAUGGGUUUUUUUGUCAUUGGUACACCUUUAUGUAGCUCAAAGAGUACACAAAGCGAUGGCUCCAUCAAUGGCUUCUACUGUGAUCCUAAUAGCAGCCCAUUUCAGAAACUUGAGCUGAAAACGACGAAUGAAGGAAGAUCAGGGUUCAGCUUUUCUUCCUGGGGUGCAUUUGCGCCAAGUAGACUGUGAAAACACUCAUCAAGUGCUGAUGAUUACCCGUCUGCUUAUGUUGUUGUGGUAUUUGCCGUCUGUAGGUUGUGAACUUUUCUGAUUGUAGCUGGCUUAUAAAGCUCGCUUAUGGAGACUAGUCUUCAUCCAUUGUUACUGCAGUAUAUGUGUGUGUGCGUGUGGGUAAAUUUCAUACAUGUACUACCUGGUGGUUUGAUGCGAUGAUUAUGGGUCCACCAACCAUCGUCGAUCACA